AUGCUACUGCUUAUACAAGCAGGACGAGCUUUUGCCAGAAAUAUUCCAGCAAUCGUUCCAAACAUAUCAUUUUUGGGGUUGGAUCUUUCCUUAAUACCACUUAGCGAUGAGGAUCGUUUCGACGCCAUUAGCACGAUGUUCCUGCAGCAGAAACGGUUAUUUACCAUGCGCUUCGGACCGAUCAUGCUUCUGGGAACUUGCCAUCCGGAACUGAUGCACGUUUUGCUGACGCAUCCCGAUUGUCUCGAGAAGCCAUUCCUUUAUGACGUGGCCGGAUACGAGAAUGGAUUAUUCUCCGCCAAGUACAACCUGUGGAAGUCCCAGAGAAAAGCUUUGAAUCCGACAUUCAAUUCUAAAAUAUUGAACAGUUUUGUUUCCAUCUUUGAGUCCUGCUGCCGACAGUUGGUUUCCAAUCUAAGCCAGUGCGAGGAUGGCGGAACUGUCAAUAUACUGGAUUACACUUCGAAGUGUACUUUGGAAAUGGUUUGCAGUACGACUCUCGGUAGUGAAAAUCUGCAGAAGGACGGAAAAAACGCUUUUUUGCAUGGAGUGGAACAGAUUUUCGACUUUAUUUCCCGGAGAAUGUUGAACAUUCAUCAUUAUCCUGAGCUAUUAUACCGGAUGACCAGCACGUGUCAAGAGGAUAGAGCAGCUAGAAAAGUGUGCAAGGAAUUUGUGGAAAAGAUUAUAAAAGACAAACGAGAUCAAGCUUCUCAGAGUGCGGAACCCGAAGAUGUUGAUACACAAGAGGAACAUUUCCGAAAGCCUCAGUUGUUCAUCGAUCAGCUGCUUUCCAUUUCUCAAAUAGAUCGAAAGUUUAGUGAUGUAGAAAUUUUGGACAAUAUUUUUACGAUUAUGGCUGCGGGUAACGACACUUCCGGUUUAGAAGUCGCGCACGCUUGUCUGCUUCUAGCAAUGCAUCCGGAGAUUCAGGAGAAAGUAUUUUCCGAAGUUGCGAGUUUUUUUCCAGUCGAGGAAGAAGAAGAAAUUAAUGCAGAUUACUUGAAGCGCUUUGAAUACACGGAGAUGUUUUUGAAAGAAUGUCUACGGUUUUGUCCUGUAGCCCCGCAUGUUGCUCGGAAGAACUUGGUGCCAAUCGAUUUAGAUGGAGUAACGAUACCGGCAGGAAAUGUGUUCGUUUGUUCGAUUUAUGCACUGCACAGGCGUCAAGAUUUUUGGGGACCACAUGCGGAAUUGUUUAAUCCCGAGAACUUUAAUCUAGAACAUUGUAAAGCACGACACCCGGCGGCGUUCAUGCCGUUCAGCACCGGAACUAGGAGUUGUAUUGGUGGUCGAUAUGCAAUGAUCAGUAUGAAAUUGAUGAUUCUACAUAUUGUUCGGAACUUCAAAUUGAGCACCCAUUUAAAGACCAGUGAUUUACGGUUCAGAUUCGGUAUAACUCUUCGGCCUUCUUUCAAACAUUUGAUUCGCAUCGAAAAGAGAACAAAUCAUGCAUAA